CUCAUUGCUCUUUUAAAAGUUUUUCAACUUCGAAUCCAUUAAUGUUUGAGACUUUUUUCUAACAAAGACAGUUGAAAGAAUAAAAAAUACUUUCCCUGUACUUAGAAAUGUUUAAGAUCAUUGUGAUGUUUUACGUUUAAGGGUAAUUUAAUCAUUGAAGUUUUCGCAAAAACAUCAUGCUAUUACAAGUAUUGAUUCCACUUCUCAUAUGCCUAACUUCGGCCACAACUAGGGAAACUGCUAAAACCUUCCGGGCCAUGCCUACUAUCAGCAAUUCGUUGGUAAAUCUAGGAAAGAUGGAAAUCUCGUUCUAUUUCAAUAGCAAACCAGAUACCAUGACCAGAUCGGACCAUAUAAUUCAACCGAUAUCACCAUUCACCGUACCCAAGCCAGAACCUAUAGACGAGCCCUGCGUCUGCUCAAACCUUCGUAAUAUUAAAGACACUUUUUUCACCAACCCAGCUGAAAUCAUCAAUAGAAUAUUGAAAAGCAAUGAUCUGUUCUCCAAUAAAGAGCCAAUAACUUCCUCACUAUGCUGUGACACGCAUGAGCACGAAGAAACCGUAUUCUUCGAAAUUGCUCCCAAUCAGAAGAGACCGAGUAAUUUAAGGGCAAAUGCAUUCCCGCCUUUCCUAUUUGACAGUAUAAUGCCUAAGCCAAAAUCGCCUCCUCUAAAAUCCAAAGCAGUUGAGAUAUUUUUAUUCCCAAAGAGGAAAGAUUUGGCAACUUUCAAUUUGCCCAAAAUACUACCGAAGAAGAACGCUUUGAUUAAAAAUAGAAUUCAAAUAGUUGGUGAUAAGAAACCAGAUAUUAUGAUUCCUGUAACUUCGUCUUCAGUUAAGAAAGAUCUGUUGGAGAAGAUUGAAACGAAAGAGGAGAAACAACAAACUCAAAAAAAUAAAGAUGAAGUCUCUGUUAAACCUAAUGCAUUGUAAUUUGAGAUUCAGAGUGCAUUAAAAACGGAUGUUUUAAU